AAAGGGAAGAAGAAGAGUCUUCUUUUUGUCUUAUCUUUGUUGGGGACAAACCCUAAUUUCUGAGCUGCGAAAAAUGUCGGGAGUGAAGAGUCAGGACGAAGACAAGAAGCCCAACGAUCAAUCGGCUCAUAUUAACCUCAAGGUUAAGGGUCAGGAUGGGAAUGAAGUUUUCUUCAGGAUCAAGAGAAGCACUCAGCUGAAGAAACUUAUGGGCGCAUAUUGUGAUAGACAGUCUGUGGACAUCAAUUCAAUUGCUUUUCUCUUUGAUGGUCGUCGACUUCGAGCAGAACAAACUCCUGAUGAGCUUGAAAUGGAGGAUGGUGAUGAGAUAGAUGCAAUGUUGCAUCAAACUGGUGGCACCCUCUGAUGUGUUGAGCAGUGUGCACUGCUUGAACGAGAGAAAGUUAUGUUUAUUUAACUAGGAGUCAAUCAUUUAGGGAAAAAUAGUAGAAACUUUUGCUGAAUGCCAACUUAUGCCUGUUUUUGGGGGUGUUGGAUUUGCGGUGGGGUACCGAGUUGUGAAUGUUUUGAAAUAUUUGACUCCUUUUAAGAGUUCUGAGAUUGGCAGUCUUAUAUAGUUAACUGAAAUUCCAAAGUGUUGGAUA